CCGGAGCGUCCCAGAUUAGUUCAGCCGACGCCGCUGCUCUCCUCAGCUGUGGCCUCAGAUCGCGUUACGUCCAUCAGCAAAACGCUGAUGUGAGGAAGCUGGAGGAGACGCCCGAAGAGCCGUCAGCUCACCGCCUGUCCUGUCUCUCCGUUCAGCCCGGGGAACCUCAGGAUCCGCCACCAUGUCUGAGAAAAAGAUGACUUCCAGCCGCAGGCACCACCUGAAGAGCCUGAUCCUCCAGAUCGCUCUGAACUGGAUCGAGACGGAGAAGAAGGAAAACGUGGCGGCGAAGGAGGCCUACAUGGCCGAGCACUGUCCUGCUCCAGACCUGAGCGGAGACCAGGCCACCCUCAUGGAAACCUGCAAGAAGCUUCAUGCCGCCAUCGACAAGAUCGAUGAGGAGCGGUACGAUAUCGAGGCCAAAGUGCAGAAGGCCGACAAAGAGAUCGAGGACCUGAAGAUCAAGGUGGUGGACCUGAGAGGCGUGAAGAAGCCCGCCCUGAAGAAAGUACGCAUGUCUGCAGACUCCAUGCUGCAGGCGCUGCUGGGCUCCAAGCACAAGGUGACCAUGGACCUGCGGUCCAACCUGAAGCAGGUCAAGAAGGAGGUGAAGGAGGAGCCCACAGAAGCCGUCGGCGACUGGCGUAAGAACAUCGAGGACAAAGCCGACAGGAAGAAGAUGUUCGAGUCCUCCUAAGCGUCCCCGCUGGCUGCUUUGUCUCCAUGUUUUAUGAACUCCCGGCGCCUCCGGGUGGCAGCACCGGGCCGAACCGCAGCUUAUAGCAUGUCUGAGAGGACACUCUCUGUCACAGCACC